GCUGCUGUUUUGCUCGACGAAGUGACGCAUCCGUGCAAGAUUUAGUGAAAAAGGAAACCAAAAGUUUUUCGUCUGGAAACAAACUGCGAAAUUCUUGUGAAAAGUGGUUGUUCCGUCACGGUUCCGAGCAGACUGCACUUGGUAAAAUAAUUAUUGUUCUUUGACCGAAGAUUUCGCUUCUCCCCCGAACAGAAAGUCCUUGAACAGCAGUUCCUCGUUUGGUUUUUGUUGAUCCCAUAGGACAGAAGAAGAAACGCACAUCAGGAUGAGUUUCUUCGGGAAGCUAUUUUCCGGAAAGAAAGGCGAACCGGCGCCAACGCCAAGUGAGGCCAUCCAGAAGCUGAGGGACAUCGAGAAUAUGCUGACCAAAAAGCAGGAAUUCCUGGAAAAAAAGAUCGAAGUUGAAUUGGACACUGCGCGAAAGAACGGAACCAAAAACAAGAGAGCUGCACUUCAGGCACUCAAACGAAAGAAGCGAUAUGAGAAACAACUGACUCAGAUCGAUGGCACUUUGUCCACGAUUGAAAUGCAACGGGAAGCCUUGGAGAAUGCCAAUACAAACACAGCCGUGCUGACCACAAUGAAGAAGGCAUCAGAUGCCCUGAAGGCGGCCCACAAAGAUAUGAAUAUCGACGAUGUCCACGAGAUGAUGGACGACAUCGCCGAACAGAACGAUAUUGCCAACGAAAUCUCCAACGCCGUCUCGUCGGCGGUUGGCUUCGGCCAGGACAUCGACGACGACGAGCUGGAGAAGGAGCUCGAAGAGCUGGAACAGGAAGAGCUGGACAAGGAACUGCUCGGUGUGCAGCCGGAGACGGAUCAACUGCCGGAGGUGCCAGCAACCGAUCUGCCUGCCAAGGCGAAAGAGAAGAAAAAGGCUGUUGCGGAGGAUGAUGAUGAUCCGGAUAUGAAGGAACUGAUGUCGUGGGCUAACUAAGGUGGUGAAUAGAACGAGAAACGGAUCAGUUCGAUAGGUGUCCGUCGUAUCUCCCCCUUGAUACCUAGCGUUUCCUUAGACAAGACAUUAUCCACAUGCAUAUAUCUAUUAAAAGCUAAGACAUAGGUACUGACAGGCUAGGCUUCUAUCCAAUGCACUUAAUAUAUGUCAACAAAGGGUAACCCAAAACCAGCCGUACCUACCCGUUGCACUGCGGAAAACGAACAGAUAAGAUUCAAAUUGAGAUUGAAGACUUCGGGAGGCGAUUUGUCUGUGUAAAUUUUAUGUAUAAUUUUUCCGUUGGUUUAUUUUCUUACAAUCAUUAAAAAAACGUUUAAAAUUAAUUUAUCAGUGCCGUAAAAGAUUGGAUUAGUUUCAUUCGCCUCGGCGAGCAUUGUUUGUGUGUCGGUUGUAGAAGUUUGCCCAAAAACAUGUAAUUAGUUCGAUCCUUUCAGUGCAGUUGUGAUAUAUGCAGUACUACAGUUGAGCUGUUGCAGAGGGAUACCCAAUAGUCACUUACGAAAGGAUGUUUGAAGCUUUGAGUUCCAGAACGAUAAUAUUUGACCCAUUGUGGAGAGUUUGGAAAUAUAUUUUCUCACGCUAAGUUACACUAAUAUAGGUUCAUUGAAAAGUUGU